GACAGUCCUUUGGCCUCUGGGCCCUGUGGCAGCAGGGUGGGACUUCACAGACUUGUGUUGCGCACAGGCCGAAAGAAUGUGGAGCUUGACCGAAAGCCUCAUGCGCCUACUGGCGGACAAAGAUGCAGAGACAGCUGGGAUGACACUCAUCACACUCAGCUUUAUACUCCUGCACAAACACAUGCUGAUGUCAACCCCCAUUGCCGUGCAGCUGGCUGAGGCACUCCUGCCGCUCUUUGACCACGAUAAUAGCCAGGUACAGCUGCUCUCCAUAAAACUCUUCCGAGACAUGAUGGAGUACUUGGAAGAGAGAGAAAACCCUUUGGAAAGCCCUGUGCAACAGAGCCUGCUUCCACUCUUCUUCCACUGCAAUGAUGAGAAUCAGCAUGUGGCAGAGGCUUCUCGGGAAACGCUGCUUUAUGCGGUCAAGUUCAUCAAGAGGAGGGAUCUCAAAAAGCUGCUGAAGGAGCAGAAACUGUGGAAGUUCAGCAAGUGCCUGCUGGCAGAGGACAGGAGCAGAGCAGCCGAGCACCUGCGCCGAGCCCUGCGCUACCUGGAGAGCCCACAGGAGCCCCUGCGAGAGGCGGCCAUCAGCUUCAUGGGCAUGGCCGGGCGGCACCUGAGGGGGCAGCAGCAAGAGCUGCAGCUGAUCUGCGCUGCCCUUGAAGACAAAACGAACGACGUCAGCCUCGCCGUCGGAAGCCUGGCAAUUCAAACGCUGUGCAUCCUCAGGUCAGGAGAGCGGGCUCCCAUCUCCAGGUUCCAGUGGCUCCAAAAUCACCUGCGCAGGGCGUGGAAGACACGGCCUCGUCCGUCAUGGCUCGGCUGCCUGCCCUGCCAGAGCUCUGUGGAGGAUUGAUCCCAGAAGCUCUU